AUGCCUGACAAUCUAGACUUUGCGAAUAUCGCUCAACAAUUUGUCAACUUCUACUACCAAACCUUCGAUGCCAACCGCGGCGGCCUCGCGGGUCUCUACCGCGAUACCUCUAUGCUCACAUUCGAGACAUCGUCAGUCCAAGGUGUCGGCCAGAUCAUGGAGAAGCUAGGUGGACUGCCUUUCCAAAAGGUCCAGCAUCAGGUCUCGACCCUGGACGCCCAGCCCUCCAGCGAGCAGGGUGGUAUCCUGGUCCUUGUCACUGGUGCUUUGCUGGUUGACGAGGAGCAAAAGCCCAUGAACUACGCACAGACAUUCCAGCUUCUGCCCGACGGUGCUGGAAGCUACUUCGUUUUCAACGACAUCUUCCGCCUCAUCUAUAACGCUGCUUAG